UUGAAAUGCGGAAGCCCUCGACCUUAAAAUUUCUUUAUUUCUUUCUCUGAAGAACGACUGACGGCGUUGGCGUUGGCGUUGGCGGCGGCGGCUACUACUUCUGUGAGGUCUCUGUGCUUCGUGGACAUCGUUUCUUUCUUAUUAAGUUGACUUUGAUAUCUAUUGCAAUCCUGUGUGUCUCUAUCGAGAUAGACAACUGAAUUAAGGAGCUUCGUGGACAUGGCUGAUAUCGAGAUGAUUAAGUUAUCCUACCCGGCCGACACACCGCCGCUUGCAAUCAUUUCUGCUGCCAAGAUUGCGGGCAUUCAUUUAUCCCAAGACCCAACUCUACCCGCUGGCUCUCCUCCCACCUUUCUCUUACAAAAUGGUCAAAACUUGCAUGGGACCAAUGUGCUUCUCCGAUGUGUUGGUCGAGCAGCAAACUUUCCCAAUUUCUAUGACCGCGACAUAUAUGAAUCUUGCCAGAUUGACGAAUGGCUCGACUACGCCCCUAUUCUGGCAUCAGGGUCUGAGUUUGAGGGGGCGUGCAGUUACAUAGAUGCUUACUUGUUCAAGCGUACUUUCAUUGUUGGGCAUAGUUUGUCAAUUGCAGAUAUCUUAGUUUGGUCAUACCUUGCAGGAACUGGGCUCAGAUGGGAAAGCCUUAGAAAGUCAAAAAAGUUCCAAAAUCUUGUCAGAUGGUUCAACUCACUAUCUGUGGAACAUGGUGCCAUCUUCAAUGAAGUUACAUCAGCUUAUGCUGGUAAAAAAGGAGCAGGAAAAUCCCUAGUGAAAGCGAAGGAACAAUCUGAGGCUAAUGACAAGAUCAAAGCAGUUAGUCGGCCUACCUUUGAAGUGGACCUUCCAGGCGCCGAAGUUGGAAAAGUUCGUUUGCGUUUUGCACCUGAACCGAGUGGUUACCUUCAUAUUGGUCAUUCAAAAGCGGCUUUGUUGAACCAGUAUUUUGCUCAAAGGUAUCAAGGGCAGGUGAUUAUACGGUUUGAUGAUACAAAUCCUGCCAAAGAAAGCAAUGAAUUCGUGGAGAAUCUUCUGAUAGAUAUAGAAACCUUGGGAAUCAAGUAUGAAACUGUCACAUACACAUCUGAUUACUUCCCACAGUUAAUGGCCUUGGCUGAAAAGUUGAUUCAAGAGGGUAAAGCUUAUGUUGAUGACACCCCACGUGAACAAAUGCAAAAAGAAAGGAUGGAUGGCAUUGACUCGAAAUGCAGGAAUAGUACUCCCGAAGAAAGUAUGAAGUUGUGGAAAGAGAUGAUAGCGGCAACUGAAAGGGGUUUGCAGUGUUGUGUCCGGGGGAAGUUGGAUAUGCAAGAUCCUAACAAGUCGCUUCGGGAUCCUGUAUAUUAUCGAUGCAAUCCUAUUCCACACCACAGAAUUGGUUCUAAAUACAAGAUAUACCCUACAUAUGAUUUUGCAUGUCCAUUUGUGGAUGCUUUAGAAGGAAUUACUCAUGCUCUAAGAUCUAGCGAGUAUCAUGAUCGUAAUGCACAGUAUUACAGGAUUCAAGGGGAUAUGGGUGUUCGGAAGGUUCAGAUAUAUGAAUUUAGCCGGCUUAAUUUGGUCUAUACCCUCCUUAGUAAGCGCAAACUCUUAUGGUUUGUCCAAAAUGGGAAGGUUGAUUCUUGGGAUGAUCCUCGCUUUCCAACUGUUCAAGGAAUUGUGCGUAGAGGCCUGAAAAUUGAGGCAUUGAUUCAAUUCAUACUUGAACAAGGAGCGUCAAAAAAUCUGAAUCUAAUGGAAUGGGAUAAACUUUGGUCAAUUAAUAAGAGGAUAAUUGAUCCUGUAUGUCCCCGACACACUGCUGUAAUUGACGAAGGACGGGUGUUGCUGACGCUAUCUGACGGUCCAGAGAAACCCUUUGUCAGGAUCAUACCAAAGCAUAAAAAAUACGAAGGUGCAGGCGAGAAGGCUACCACUUACAGUAGGAGAAUAUGGCUGGACUAUGCAGAUGCAGAGUCCAUUUCAGUCAAUGAGGAAAUCACCUUAAUGGAUUGGGGCAAUGCAAUUGUUAAGGAAAUUAAGAAGGAUGAGAGUGGGAAGGUUACAGAAUUAUUUGGCUCUUUGCACCUGGAAGGAUCUGUCAAGACCACAAAAUUGAAGCUCACCUGGCUCCCCGAAAUUGACGAUCUUGUAAAUCUAUCCUUGAUGGACUUCGACUAUCUAAUUACCAAAAAGAAGUUGGAAGAAGGAGAGGAUUUCCUGGACGUUCUGAACCCUUGUACGAAGAAGGAAACUUUGGCUAUUGGGGAUUCAAACAUGCGGAAUUUGAAACGCGGAGAUGUGCUGCAACUGGAGAGGAAAGGUUACUUUCGAUGCGAUGUGCCCUUCAUCAGGCCAUCAAAGCCAAUUGUCCUAUUUUCAAUCCCCGAUGGUAGACAGCAGACAGUGGUCAAACAGUAAGCAAGACAUGCGUAUGCAUUCAAUGUGAACUCUCCCACCUUUCCCAUUUGACAUAAAACAACUUGGAGAAAAAAGAAAAAAAAAGAAAAAUCCUUGAAUUUCUCUGUGGAAAACUAAUGACAUAUUGGGUAGUUUGUUUGACCUGUGAAUUGUUUUAUGUUAAAUCCUUGUUGUUUUGCUUUACAUGUCCAACUAUGACAUAAUAGUGUUUGUUUUUACACAUUUGUAACCUUUUUGGCUGGAGGAGGAGACUGUUCUUUACUAAUAAUGCCUUCUUUCUACAAUAUGUUUGUUUAAUCUCUUUUUAAGAA